AUCCUUGCCAGGGAAACAUCACACGCCUUCCGCCCCUUACUCUCAGAUCCCACAGCCAAUAUCUCUAAAGAUGCAUCGAGUGACUGUCUUCGCUGUGUGCUUCUUGGUCGCCGCCUCGCUACUCCUGCCGGCGGCGGAGGCGAGGCCGCAGAUUCACUCGUAUGACGUCGCCGAAGUCAAUGCCGAAGUCUUCGAGGAACAGGACGAGGUGGAGGAAUCCGAACGCGGGGGAAAUUACGUAGAGAUCCAGGAAAGCGUAGCAGAGGACGGCGCGUCUCCCACGGGCGCCGCCGGGAACAUCGCUCUCGAAGUUCUCGACGAAGUGGGAGACGCCCUUGGCUCCAGGGGGGACGCCCUGCGCAGGAUGGAGGCGCUGCUGCAGGCCUCCAGGGGCGCCUACGGCAGAUGAGAUUUCCUUCAUGUGUGACUGAGACGCCUGCGAAAUGGAAUGGAUGCUUGAAGAACAACCUUUCACGAAUGUACAGACAUCAGCAUAUAUUUUUAUAGUAAAAGUUUAAAAAAGGAAUAAAAAUGUCAAGAAAAUAUA